AUGUUAAAAAAAAAAGUAUGUUAAAAGCGUAAUAAAAGAUUAUAUUAAGAGAUGUGGUAUCCUACCACUGAAGGCUUGCAUGAGUUGCGGGCUGCAAAAAGCUAUGUUUUCCAAAUGGGCUUGGCUUAAUCUAAUAUUGGCUGACAGGCUGAGUCAUCAUCUCGGCCCAGGUGGAGCUGGUUCCUGAAACUCACACAGAUUUGUCAACUGGACCCAAACAAUGUUUUCAGCAUUAGUAAAAGACAAAAAAAUUAUCCUCAUUUUUUACAACCUAUAAAAUCCAAAAUUGCAAGAAAAUCACUUUCUUCAUGGAGAAAAAAAAGCUAUGCAUUUAAAGAAAAAAUCAUUUUGAUUAGGUUAUGUUUUUGGCAGUAUAAAUUAUCUAAUAUUGGGCUAAGGGCUUAAAACCCAAGCCAUUUUCAUUUGAGCUCUCAAUUGCUCCAAUUAAAACCCUAGUUUUGCAUAUAACAUAUAAGGCUGUCCAUGGCUUUGUCAUUUCCCAUUUGCAUCCAGGGCUUCGUCAAUCACCGCUGUAUAUCAAUAGCCCACCUGUUUACAGGAAAAUAAGAGAGAUAGAAUGAAGGUUAUUGCUGCAUAUUUGUUGGCUGUAUUGGGAGGCAACACCUCUCCUUCAGCUGAUGAUCUUAAGCACAUUCUUGGCUGUGUUGGAGCUGAAGCUGAAGAUGAAAGAAUUCAGCUUCUUUUAUCUGAGGUGAAGGGCAAAGAUAUAACUGAGCUUAUUGCAUCCGGGAGGGAAAAGCUUGCCUCUGUCCCUUCUGCUGGUGGUGGUGGUGUUGCUGUUACAGUUGCUGCAGCAGGAGCUGGUGCUGCUGCAGCUGAGACUAAGAAGGAAGAGAAAGUUGAGGAGAAAGAGGAAUCCGACGAUGAUAUGGGCUUCAGUCUCUUUGAUUAAAGUGUUGAUUGGUUUGUGCAGAAAUUUUCUUUCCAAUUUAACACCGGCUUAUACUUAAAAAUUUUGUUAUCCACUGUUACGUGGCAUUUUUUUUGGCUUCAUAGUUUUGGUGGACUAGACAUUUGUUUUGCUGAAACCUAUUGUUGCAAUGGAAUUUUGAGAAUUCAUUAUGAUGAUAUUCUUGAAUCUCAUGUCCAAUGAUGAUGAAGAUUGAACAGAAUUAGAUUGAUUAUCGUUUAUAUAAUUGUGCAAUUUUUGAAAGAAUUAGAGGGUUUGU